CGAAAAGCUUCACUGUUAGUGACUGAACUGAAGUAAAGCUCGUUCGCGGAGUUCUCGAAAUACGAGCGCUGUUCUGAGCUCGGUUCAAAUGUUAAUCUUUCUUCUUUCUAGGGCUUGAUUAGCUUGUUUUUUCGGUACGGAAAUUGGGAAGCUCGAUUGAGUUUGCGAUUGAUUUCUUGUGAUUAGUGUGCUCAAAUUCAUGUGAAAAUUUUUAGUACGGUGUGAAAUUUCUGUAGUUUUGAAUGGAGAAGUGGAAGAUGAAGAAGAGUGAAGUGCUGAUUUAGUAGAUUAACAGCGUGUUCAGGAACAAUAUGCCGUGCUGGAGCUGGAAAAAAUGAGUCGGCCUAUAGCUAUGAAGUGAGGGUUUAGUAUAAUUAAUCACACGUGUAUAGUUUGUAUGUAUAGCAGAAAAGGCAGAUAAAAUAUGAAGCAUUCAACAUCAGGGUUGGGUCAGCUGGCUCAUGAAGGGAAGAAAAAAAGCUUGAAUUCGGAACUAUGGCAUGCGUGUGCUGGUCCUCUGGUGUCACUGCCAACGUUGGGGAGUCGCGUGGUUUACUUUCCUCAGGGUCAUAGUGAGCAGGUUGCUGCCACGACUAAUAAAGAAAUUGAUGCGCAAAUACCCAAUUAUCCAAGCUUGCCGCCCCAGUUGAUCUGCCAACUCCACAAUGUUACAAUGCAUGCAGAUGUUGAAACAGAUGAAGUUUAUGCUCAAAUGACAUUGCAGCCCUUGACACCGCAAGAGCAAAAGGAUACAUAUCUUCCUGUUGAGCUGGGGACCCCUAACAGGCAGCCAACUAAUUAUUUCUGUAAGACAUUGACAGCAAGUGACACUAGUACCCAUGGAGGGUUCUCUGUUCCUCGUCGUGCUGCGGAGAAAGUCUUCCCUCCACUGGAUUUCUCACAGACGCCACCUGCCCAGGAACUAAUUGCAAGGGAUCUCCAUGACGUUGAAUGGAAGUUUAGGCAUAUUUUCCGAGGACAGCCCAAGCGGCAUCUUCUUACUACUGGAUGGAGUGUAUUUGUCAGUGCCAAGAGACUUGUUGCUGGGGAUUCUGUUCUUUUCAUCUGGAAUGAGAAAAAUCAGCUCCUUUUGGGAAUUCGUCGUGCAAUUAGACCACAAACUGUGAUGCCGUCCUCUGUUCUAUCAAGUGAUAGUAUGCAUAUUGGUCUGCUUGCUGCGGCUGCUCAUGCUGCUGCUACUAAUAGCUGUUUCACAAUAUUUUAUAACCCAAGGGCUAGUCCAUCUGAGUUUGUUAUACCCCUUUCGAAGUAUGUUAAAGCUGUAUAUCACACGCGUGUUUCUGUUGGGAUGCGCUUUCGUAUGCUUUUCGAAACUGAAGAAUCAAGUGUCCGCAGAUACAUGGGCACGAUUACCGGGAUUGGUGACUUAGAUCCUGUUCGUUGGCCAAAUUCUCACUGGCGAUCUGUCAAGGUUGGUUGGGAUGAGUCAACUGCAGGUGAGAGGCAGCCACGCGCAUCAUUGUGGGAAAUUGAGCCUUUGACAACAUUUCCCAUGUAUCCAUCAUUGUUUCCUCUUAGGCUCAAACGGCAAUGGUAUCCUGGAGCCUCAGCUUAUCAAGAUGGUAGAGAUGAAGCAGUCAAUGGCAUGUCGUGGUUGCGAGGCGAAACAGGUGAACAAGGACUCCACUCGCUGAAUUUUCAUUCUGUUGGUAUGUUUCCCUGGAUGCAGCAGGGAGUCGAUCCAGCAUUCCUCCAACAUGAUCUUAAUCAGCCGUACCAAGCAAUGCUGGCAGCAAGUNAUGCAGCAGAGAGUCGAUCCAGCAUUCCUCCAACAUGA